CCCAUCACAUAUAAUGUAGGCAGGAGCAGAAACAUCAGCCAUAUGAAAGCUGGACGGGUGUGGAGGGUCCCGCCUAUUUCUUGGUGGGUGGAGGUACCAGCCUGCCUUCCCUUUAUACAUCCUACAUCUGGAACGGGCACCUUUCCCCCUCUUUUCCGAAUAACAUCUGCCGCAGAAAAGCCAGACAGCGCUUUGCCCACCGAGAGGAAAAAACCCUCUCCAAGUUGAUGGUCUCUCCAAGAUUACCCUAUCAGGUGCAAACCGCUGACAUGUUUCCACCCACCAACAACAAAAAAGCCUCGCUGUGCCCAAUUCUCAAGCCGCAGACGCACAAACACCGCUGACAGGCACUGCUGCGCCAUCAUCAGCCUCCAAAGCUCUCCAGGGAUCCGCCGCUGCCGCUGCGACCUCCACACUACCUUUCUUUUUUAGAGCAUAACCUUUUUGUAUGCCUGGAUAAGCUUGUUUGCCCUCUUUUAGCGAGUUGUGUUGUUUUUUGGGGUGGAAGGGCGUCAUUUCAUCCACCACUUUUCCUUUUUUUUUUUUUUUUUCCAGCGCAGCACUUGGUAGAAUAAAAUGACCCAUGCAAGGUGUAGAAAUCCCCCGCAGGUACGGACGGAGCUGAGGAGCCAGUGAACUCUGGAGCAGCAGGAUUGGCAUUGUGGGGGAAACUUGGCUGUAGGUGCGCAAAACUCGGAGGAUAAUUUUUCAAGCGAGGGGAUUUUUUUUUCUUCCUUUUUUUUGAGAGGUUGAAUUCGCUAGGCACCGAUUUACGGAGGAGUUGCAGGAUUUCGGUGAGCGGAGGAGACUGAGCUGAAAAAAAAAAAAAAAAAUCUGGAUAAUUCCCCCCCCAACAAGGAAGCACCUAAUGUUGCACCCCGUGACUCUGCUACUGCUCUCCAGCGAUCUAUCCUUACACUGGGAUUCAAUCUCCUACUUACCACCGGAGUUGUGUGCGUAAAGGACGCGCAGGGGAGCGAAAGCGAGAGAGAGGGGGGCGAUUUCGCCAACCUUUCCCGGGGCUCUAAAUCUGUGGAAGCAGGUGUAUUUCAGGUGUAUUUCUGCGAGUCAAGAUGUCUCUGCUGCCUUCGAGGUUCAUAUACGUGUGUUUACAUUUUCUGGUACUCUAUUUCCAGCUACAGGAGUCCCAGCAGAGCUCUGCUGAUUUCAGGUUUUACAUCGAGAACCACACAAGGAACCCGGACGACCUGAGCCGGAAGCAGGUCCGGAUCUAUCAGCUCUACAGCAGAACCACAGGGAAACAUGUCCAGAUCCUGGGCAAGAAAAUCAAUGCCAAUGGAGAUGAUGGGGGCAAGUAUGCUCUUCUUGUCGUCGAGACAGAAACUUUUGGGAGCCACAUUCGAAUAAAAGGAAAGGAGAGUGAGCAUUACAUUUGCAUGAACGAGAAAGGCAAAAUAGUUGGAAGGCCCGAUGGAAGGAAGCAGGAGUGCGUCUUUGUCGAGGAAUUCCUGGAGAACAACUACACGGCUCUCGUGUCAGCCAAGUACAAAGGAUGGUACCUCGGCUUCAACAGGAAGGGUCGGCCCAAGAAAGGCUCGCGGACCACACAGAGGCAACAGGAAGUCCACUUCAUGAAGCGCCAGCCGAAGGGCAGGUUGGACCCCCUGGAGGAGUUUCGUUUCACCACAGUAACUAAGCGGACACGAAGGGCUCGGCGGUUAAAACCCAAGAGGAACUGAUGGGACCAAUGGGACAGCACUAAAUUUCCUCUGGGGGGAAAAAAAAAACAAAAAACAAACUCUAUCUGAAAAUCUCAAGCUUCUUGUCUUAAAAGUCACUUCUGUAAGAGAAAGACAGACAAAAAGAACAAAAAAAAGUCAAAGAUGUUUUAUUUUUGUAUUUCAGGAUGACUGAAUAUUUCCUAACUCUUGGAUUCUUCUGGGUUGAUGUCAUUGUGCUAACGUGUCUGUCAUGUUAUUUAUACUGGAUAAACUAAAGGAGCUUUGAGAGAAUUCCUGUCGCCGUCGUCCUCAGCUACGUCUGAACUACAAGCUAAAGGCAUACUUUCUUUUUUGACAAUGGUGGCUGAAGCAGGAGCUGACGCAAUGUUAUAAAAAUCAGCCAACUAGAGAUUUAUUGGAAUACCUGUCGGUUUUUGUUUGUGUUUCCCCUGACAACGCGGAUCCCAUACUUUCCACUGGAAUCAGACACCAUGGAGAUGAAACGGAGAGAGGUGGCAGUCGCAGGUGACACUGUGCUGCUGGGAUAACUGUGUAGCUUUGAGUGCAAUAUUUUAUAGGUCUCUCUCUUUUCUCCUUCCUUUUGAUUUUUUUCCAUAUGUCUCUCAACCUCAGCUUCACUCGCGGCUCCAGGAAUGCGCUGAACCCCCUGAGUGCUGUGUGCAAUUUCCUUGACAUUUCCAUGCAGCCUGUGAUUCAGCUAAAACACAACAUGCUUUGACUAGUCAGGCCGCUGCCGUGGCUUCAGUCUUGUUAAAACACACACACAAUACAAAUACAAAUAUAACAGCUGAUGUGAUUCAUAAUUCAGCAAAGUCUUUCAACUUCAUCACAUCUGGAGACGGAUGUUAAUCCCUUUCAUCUCCUGUUGGACUCGCUGUGGAACAGCUCUGUCUUUCUGAAAUCGAUGCCUUGGUUCUUUGAGCGUGAGCUAGCUAAUGUUUUGGGGUUGGCCAUGAAGACUUCCUCUACCUCUUUGUUCUCUUUGUUGAUCUUUCACCUAAUCUAAAGAUCCUUUCAGUUGACGCCAAGCUGAACCGAGCUCUUCUUUUUUCCCCUUCCCUCCAAAAUCAUCCUUUGACUGUGAGCUCAUUUUCGCUCCUUUCACUCUCACUGGAUGACAGUCUCAGAGAAAAGAUGCCUGUGCCUAUUCGUCAGAUCAGUGAUCCACAGACAGGAGCACUGUAGCUCUAACCAGCCCUGAACACUUCAUAAAUCCAACAUUUGACGAUGCUGACCAACUCCUCCACGAUUCUGGGAACAUUUUCAGCAGUUUGAGUCUGAAUCCUGAAGGAAAAAGUCUGAUUCUUUAAUUCCUUCUCUCACUGAUGACAAACUCUGGCCCCUCCUCACCAGUAGUAUGUAUUCACCUGUCUGGCUGCUGGCAGGUUUCUGUAUGAGUUGCUACUAACAACAUGAUACAUUUAUGAUUUUUUUUAAACAAAUGUAAGCAAAAAUAAUUUUAUGACUAUUAUUAAGAUAUUUAUUGCCUCCCUUUGUAAAUAAAAUGUGAUGAGUUUUAUUUGGCCUCUGUUAAUAAA